CAAAUUUUACGACUGAUACGUCAAAGAAACCCUUUAUGUCAUUCUAAAACCAAAUUUCUAAAUUUUUGUAAACAAACAAAGUACAUCAAUAUUAGGAAAGCCAAGUUUUUCAAAUAAGGUAAAAAAUCUUACAAAUCCACUUAAUUCCGAUUCACCGGCGCACCAUAAACUACUAAAAAUGUUCAACCAAAGCUCAAUGAGUGGUUUUGGUGCCAACCCUGUGCAAGCGACAUGCAACCCUAUGAAAGAUUAUGAAGUGGUUCAACCCCCAGAUGAUUCUGUGAGUUCUUUGGCAUUUUCUCCAGCUGCAUUGCCACAAAAUUUCCUAAUAGCUGGCAGUUGGGAUAACAAUGUGCGCCUCUGGGAAAUUGAACAAUCUGGCACCAGCAUUCCAAAAUCUAUGCAGUCCUGUGGAGGUCCUGUAUUAGAUGUUGCAUGGAGUGAUGAUGGAAGUAAAGUGUUCAUGGCCGGCUGUGACAAACAAGCCAAAAUGUGGGACUUGACCAGCAACCAAGUUGUUCAAGUGGCAGUUCACGAUGCUCCCAUUAAAACGUGCCACUGGAUUAAAGCCACGAAUUACACAUGCUUGAUGACUGGCUCCUGGGAUAAAACAUUGAAGUUUUGGGACACCAGAAGUCCUUCACCGAUGCUGAGUAUUAAUUUGCCUGAGCGAUGUUAUUGUGCUGAUGUUGAUUUUCCGAUGGCGGUGGUGGGCACUGCUGGCCGCCAAAUUAUUGUCUAUCAGCUAGAAGGAAAGCCACAGGAGUUUAAGAAGGUGGAUAGCCCUCUAAAAUAUCAGCAUAGAUGUGUUGCUAUUUUUAGGGACAAGAAAAAAUCUCCAACAGGCUACGCUCUAGGCUCAGUGGAAGGUAGAGUCGCGAUCCAAUACGUUAACCCUACCAACCCCAAAGACAACUUCACAUUUAAAUGUCACCGCUCCAACGGUACCCCGAACGGCUACCAAGAUAUUUAUGCUGUGAACGACAUCGCGUUCCAUCCGGUUCACGGAACUUUAGCGACGGUGGGAGCAGAUGGCGCGUUCAGUUUUUGGGACAAAGACGCUCGUACCAAACUGAAAGCGUCCGAGAUGAUGGAUCAGCCGAUCACCAGGUGCGCCUUUAACCACAACGGGCAAAUAUUCGCUUAUGCUGUCGGCUACGAUUGGAGUAAGGGCCACGAGUUUUACAACACUCAAAAGAAAUGUCAUAUUUUCCUUAGAAGUUGCUAUGAUGAACUUAAACCCCGAACUUCCUCUUAAAAAUUUAGGUUAGGAUAGAAGAUUUAUGUUCUGUAUUUUUCCAUGAUUUUUUUUGGAGUUUGUUCCUAGUUUUUUAGGAGUAAAGUCUAAUAAAAUAACCUCUAAAGUCAAAUAAAACUUACAUUUUAAAGAGUUCAUUAAA